GCUCUACGGUAAGAUUGUAAUGUGACGAGUAAUUUAACGUAAUCGAGGAAAUCCGAUUGUUAUAGCAAAGAUAUAUCGAAAUUUAGAGAUGGUGGACACAAAGGCUAAAACACCGGAGAAGAAGGCUGCAGCGGUUGCGGCUGCUCCAGCUGCAGCCGCCCCAGCUGCAGCCGCCCCAGCUGCAGCCGCCCCAGCUGCAGCCAAAAAAGGUGCAAAGAGUAAGGGAAAGCCUGCGAGGGGAAAGCCAAGAAACUAUGACUUAGGAAACGGCGUCUAUAGAUUCAGUCGUACUCGCAUGUACCACAAAAAGGCCAUCUAUAAAUUCCUUGGGAAGAAGACCCCCAAAAAGGUCAAACCCAAGAAGCCAUUGACCAUCGAAAAGCAGAUCGGCGGAGACAAGAAUGGAGAGAAGCGUAUUGUGCUUUUGAAAAAGAGACGCGCGAACUAUCCUACUGCUGAUCGGGUUACUGUGCAUCACGCCAAGAAAUGUUUCCAUGAACAUCGUCGUUACCUGAGACCUACCCUGAUACCGGGAACGGUCUGCAUCCUCUUGGCUGGUCCUCAUAAGGGAAAGAGAGUGAUCUUUUUGAAACAAUUGAAGAGUGGUCUGCUUUUGAUUACUGGACCAUUCCUGAUCAAUGGCUGUCCUUUGCGAAGAGUCAGUCAAAAUUAUGUGAUUGCUACAUCCACAAAAGUGCGAAUCUCUGCUUCGAAAUUGCCUUCGCACAUCAAUGACAACUACUUCAAGAGGAAACGUGACAAGCGUGCCAAGAAGGAGGAGGGUGACAUUUUCAGCAAGAAGAAGGAGGAGUACAAACCGAGCGAUCAGAGAAAGACUGACCAGAAAUUAGUUGACGGAAUGGUGCUGCGCGAAAUUAAGAAGCGUUCAGAUAAAAAGAUGGUGUACACGUAUCUGUCAGCGAUGUUUGGACUACGAAGCAGUCAGUAUCCACACAGAAUGAAAUUUUAAUUCUCUGUGCUUAUAAUUCAAACUUUUCAAAGAAAUAAAUAUAAAACUAUAAA